AGAAAUGUUUUUCCGGUUGGUCAAAGUUCGUCAUCUAGUCAUUUACUCCGGCUACACAACUCCGAGAUAUCGGGUUUUCUGUCAUAAUGGAUGUAAGUCAGGCGAAACAAGAGCAUCUUCUCGCUUUAAAAGUGAUGCGAUUAACAAAGCCGACACUCUUCACAAACUUGCCGGUGACGUGUGAAGAUCGAGAUCUGCCAGGAGAUUCAUUUGGUCAUCUCAUGAGGAACGACCCAUCGACUAUUAAAGGAGCAGAAACAUUAAUGCUUGGAGAAAUGUUAACGUUACCACAGAACUUUGGAAAUAUUUUCCUUGGCGAGACCUUCUCCAGUUACAUCAGCGUGCACAACGACAGCAGCCAAGUUGUAAAGGACAUUCUUGUGAAGGCCGACUUGCAGACCAGCUCACAGAGGCUCAACCUUUCUGCAUCAAACUCCGCAGUCGCAGAACUCAAACCUGAAUGCUGCAUCGACGACGUCAUUCAUCAUGAAGUCAAAGAAAUUGGAACGCAUAUCUUAGUCUGUGCAGUUAGUUACACCACUCAGCUUGGGGAGAAGCUCUAUUUUCGCAAAUUCUUCAAAUUCCAGGUUUUGAAGCCGCUGGAUGUGAAAACAAAGUUCUACAAUGCAGAGAGCGACCUCAGUUCUGUGACAGAUGAAGUCUUCCUGGAGGCUCAGAUUCAGAACAUCACCACCUCUCCCAUGUUCAUGGAGAAGGUCUCUCUGGAGCCCUCCAUGAUGUACAAUGUCACAGAGCUAAACACAGUCAAAAGUGAAGAUCAGCGAGAGUCAACAUUUGGGAAAAUGUCCUACCUGCAACCGCUGGACACACGACAGUACUUAUACUGUCUGAGGCCAAAGCCUGAGUUUGCUGAAAAGGCCGGCGUCAUCAAGGGUGUGACGGUCAUAGGAAAGCUUGACAUCGUCUGGAAAACCAACCUGGGAGAGAGGGGGAGGCUGCAGACCAGCCAGCUGCAAAGAAUGGCCCCAGGUUAUGGAGAUAUCAGACUGUCACUAGAGAUGAUUCCCGACACUGUUAACUUGGAAGAACCUUUUGACAUCAUCUGUAAAAUCACCAACUGCAGUGAAAGAAUCAUGGACCUGGUGCUGGAGAUGUGUAACAGCAGGUCCAUCCACUGGUGUGGCGUAUCAGGACGUCAGCUGGGCAAACUCAGCCCUGGAGCCUUCUUGUCUCUGCCGCUCACACUCCUCUCAUCUGUCCAGGGUUUACAGAGUAUUUCUGGAUUGAGGCUGACGGAUACGUUUCUGAAGAGGACCUAUGAAUAUGAUGACAUUGCACAGGUCUGUGUGGUUUGUCCGUAUACGAACAACUAGUCCUAAGAACUUUAACUUUUUGUAUUUUACAUGUGAAUGGACCAAGUGUGGAAUUGUGCACAUGUGCUGAUAUUUCACUCUUUUUGCAGCAAUUCAUGUUUUAAAAUGAAUAAUAUGUCUGUGAAUAAUAUAAAUCAUUGUUUGAAAGUAAUUGUUUAAUGUGCAUAAAUAUUAAUAAAAUCUCUUUACUUUUUGA